CUAAAACCCCUUAGUUUUCAAACCCUGCCGCGAAGCAAUUUGAUUUCGCAAUUUCUUGAUGCUCUCGCAAAAUUGAGAGCGAAUUCCAAUUGUUUUGUGGAAAGAGAGGGCUUUUCUCUUGUACGCACUCGCACACUCGAUUCGAGCAAUUCGAUUGGUUUAAUUGGAUCUUCAACUGAGUGAUUCACUUCGCGGUAGAUCUGGUUUUUUGGGUGGCUGUUUUUUGAUUUGAUUGGUUGAGUUAAUUCGAUUGAGUUCAAUGGAAGACGGGAAUCAGCCGAGCCUCGAUCACUUCGCCCCAAUUCAAUCUCCUGGUGACCGAGCUGUUGAGAUACAUAAUUUGCCUGAACAGCAUACCUCACCCAAGGGUGAAAGGAUUGUUUCUACAAAUCCUUCUCCAGAUACUGCCGUUUCUGGUGCCUCAAGAACCACCAAAGAUCAGCCAGCAACUUCAGAACCAAGUGGAACUCUUACUGCAGUGCAUCCAUUCAGUGCAUAUACCCCUCAAGAACAGGGUUUAUAUUUUGGAGGUUAUGAAAAUGGCAGUGGUAACUGGGAUGAACAUUCUAACUAUGUUAAUGCCAACAACUUGCAUGUCAUACCUCCAGGAAUGUACAAUGAUAAUUCUUCACUCUUCUAUCCACCAAGCUAUGGCUUCGACUCCCAGAUGGCAUAUGGACAGUUCUCCCCGCUUGCUAGCCCAAUGUCUUCAAUAAUGAUUGAUGGUCAGCUGUUCUCUCCACACCAAAUGCCUGUGACGCCCCCUUACUAUCCACCAGCAGUUUCACCUGGCCCACCCCAUGUUACUUCGGGACUUCCAGCUUCACAGACUGAAUUGAUGCCAUCAGGAAAUGGCAAUCAAGAAAAUCUUAUCGACAAUGCAUUUUUUGGGCCAGGAUCAGGUUACUAUCUACCAUUUGGUUCUUUUGCUGGUGGAGAUAUUUCUGGAAAUAGUGGUCAUGGUCUUUACAAUUUCCCUGUCGAGUAUGCAUCCAAUGAACCAGUGCCAAGCCGCUCAAGUUCCUUAGAUACUAGCAGGUUCAUGUCUCCAUUGACUUCUGGAAAUGUGUAUCCUCAACCUAUUGGCAUACUUGGAUCGUAUGAGCAAAAUGUUGCGCAGGCACCAUAUCAGGGAUUUGGUUUAACCGUGAACUCCUCGGCUAGGCAUUUUUCCCAUGGUGGUUCUUACCAGAACACUCUUGGGCCUAAUUCCAACCGGUCUCGAUUUACUGGUGACAGAGGUGGAAGGCGUGAUAGGGACAGAGACACUAUCAAUGUUUCUACAGAUACACUUGGUAUUUCUGGUGAUCGGAACCGAGGACCUAGGGCUACGAAGCCCACAAGCAAGAUUUCAUCUGAAGAGGGAGCCACUGGCAAUAAAGAUGUUGAAUCUACUUCUAUGUUUCAUGUCCAGCAUUUUAACUCUCCGGAUUUCAUAACUGAUUAUGAACGCGCAAAAUUCUUUGUCAUCAAGUCAUUCAGUGAAGACAAUAUCCAUAAAAGUAUUAAAUACAGUGUUUGGGCCAGCACACCACUUGGAAACAGAAAAUUGGAUGCUGCGUAUAAUGAAGCAAAAGAAAUGGAAGGCAGUUGUCCAGUUUUCCUCUUUUUCUCUGUGAAUGCUAGUGGACAGUUUUGUGGUGUAGCUGAGAUGGUUGGACCUGUUGACUUUGAGACUGAUGCUGAUUACUGGCAGCAGGAUCGGUGGAGUGGUCAGUUUCCUGUUAAAUGGCAUAUUAUCAAAGAUGUACCAAACAGUCGCUUCCGCCACAUACUUGUUGAAAAUAAUGACAACAAGCCAGUUACUCACAGUCGAGACUCACAAGAGGUGAAACUGGAACAAGGAAUUGAAAUGUUAACGAUCUUCAAGAACCAUGAUGCCGAAACCUCUCUUCUUGAUGAUUUCAACUUCUAUGAUGAGCGAGAGAAAGCCUUGCUUGAUAGGAAGGCAAAACAGCGAGCUACCCCAGCUGGGAAUAUGAGUGCUGCACUUGCUACUGAUACAAUAAAUCAAUUGUCAGAUAACUUGGCUGACACCCUCCAGUUAGAUGGUGUUAAAAGCCUCUCAAACAAAGAUGUGGAGUAGCCCCAAUGUUGAGACGCCAGCAGACCGCAACUGCUUGUAUUAGUUGACAAUUGGCAUAGGAAGUUGCUGACUGGGAUCAUUGAGGUGACCGUUUAAUUCGUCCCAUGCUUGCCGUCAUCACUUGCGCUGCAUAAUCUCUGCCCCCUUAGUAUUGUCUCAUUUUCUCUGUGUGAGUACUUGGCUGUUAUGUGCUUCUCUCAGGUAAGAAAGGAGGCUGGAAUCUGGGAUAGCCUUCGUACUUCUUUGUCUUCUCUCUCUGUCGGUCUUGUUCGUUUGUUUCUCUAUUCUCUUGUUAAGAUUGUAGUUUUAGGCAUGGGAAGGAUUAGAAGCCUCCCAUGUCUAGUACUUGCUGCCUUUGUUUCUCUCUCCUUUCUUUCCUUUACUCUUCUCUUUUAGCUUUUUCUUGGUUCAAUUGUGGGGCAAUUAUUUAAGCUGCUAGGCAAUAGCAAUCUGUAUAAGCCUCAAAAUAGAAUGCAGCAAGAUUGUUACAUCAAUUGAAUGAAUAGUUGUCCUUUGUUGAAUAACCAAGAUUUCAAAUGAUUGAAAUUUAUCUGUAAUGUUGUAUUUA